GACAAAAAGAACGCCAUAUACACCACGCUGCUCGUCGCCAAUAUCCGCGAAAGGGGGCUUCAAGGGGCUUUUUACUAGAGGCUACUACUAUGUACAUAUCGAAUAGCACACUGGAGAAGCUGGUGGAGAUACUACAUAAAAAGGUGAACGAUGCCACGGCCAUGGAAACCAUAAGCAGGAUUUGCGACGUCUUGACUUCCGGCAUGUGUGCCGUUCCCGAGGGCCAAGCCAAGGAGCCGACGAAUCAGGUACCGCUGUCAUCCUUAUCGUCGGAAGGCGAGCAGAACGAGGGAGGGAAUGAUGGCGACGAUGACACUGACGAUAACAGACCGGACACGUCUAGAAGUGACAAGAAUUCGUCGAUUGCGAGCGAUUCCAAAAUUACCCUCGUAUUAGACAAUAGCGUAAAUUUAUCUGGACCCGUGACCGAUCUCUGAGCACGUGCAUGUGUUGGAAGUACGAUUUGUUGCCUUAUAGAUUAUAGAUAGAUACUACGAUGAGAGCAUUUGAUUCGAAGACUACUUCAUGAAAUUCCAGGCGAUCAUGUGGAAUACGCUCUGGCUAAUAAAUUGGAUGAACAUAAGCGAUUUGUAAUGUCUUUCGAAAUAUUUCUUGUUUUGUAGAGUCACCGCGAUGAUUUUAUAAAAAGAAACACAUUAUACUCUUGGUUUUAUAAAAUCGUCGCAUUAAUUAUUUGGAUUUUAUAGUAUGUACUUAAUUUUGAAUUGUUUCAGCACAUGAUUUGACAAGAAUACCGAAUUAUUUUCACCAUAAUAUAUUAAUUAUACAUCGCUUUUCAACAACUCAUUCCCGCGCGUUAUUUAAAUACUAGAGCAUACUCGUAAAUAUAUUAUUGAUAAAAGCUUUAUGCACAUCAUCAGUCUUCAUAUAAAAUCGUUUUAUUCGAUCGUUGUUCAUAAACGGUUGUUAUGCACCUUCGUUAAAGAAAGAGCAAUCAUUAGUAGAUCGCCGACUGUUAUUAAGACUUGUUCAUAAUUCGUAUGCAUUUUCGAAAUAAUUAUUUAUUACUAUUAAGCUAUAUAUUCUAAUUAAGCGCGUGUAAUUUUGUUGGAUAUAUUGUUACGCGAAAUAUUUCUGCAUAAUUAACAAUAUUGAAAUCGACUAGAAUGAGAUUGCAGGUUAAAAUGAUAUUUGCUUUGCAUUUUGAUGCGGUUAGAAUCAUUGAAACGCAUGAUUGAAUAUAUAAUAAUUUUUCAAGAUAUAUGACUUUAAAAAAUAUUGUUUUUUUAGAUUAUUUUGCGCAGCUGCGUAUGUGACGCUUCAAUUUGCUUGUUACAUGACAAAUGUUAUACUUUCAAUCUAUAACACUGUCUUUUUUUGGCUACACAGCUUUUUCCUUUCUUGCACUUUCCCUUUUCUUUGUUGUUUGCUAGUUUAAAUCUUUAGUAGUUCCAUAGCUCGACAUAGUGCUUUGUCAAUUUGAACAAUCUCCAGAAAUAGUUUUCUCAACGUUCGCAUGUACGAUUACAAUUUGCAAAUUAUAUUUUUAUAUUAUCCAUUUUUUCAAGUAAUAUAAAUAAUAUAAAUUCCAUCAAGUAAGUUAAGCCAAGUGUUAAUCUCUUGAGUUAUAUUAUUCGAUUAACACUUGGAAACGAGGCAGGGAACGGUGAUGACGACACUGACGAUAACAAACCGAACACGUGAAGAAGUGACAAGAACUCGUCGAGUGCGAUUCCAAAAUUAUUCCUGCGAUAGACUGAAGCGUAAAUUUAUCUGGAUCCGUGACCGAUCUCUGAGCACGUGCAAAUGUUGUCGGAAGUGCAAUUUGUUGCCUUAUAGAUUAUAGAUAUUAUAAUGGAAACGUUUGAUUCGAAGAAUGAACAAUUUGCUUAUUACAUGACAAAUGUUAUUUUCCACUUAAAACACUAUUUUUUUUAUCGCCUUUUCCUUUCUUGCACUUUUCAUUUUUCUCUUUUCUCUGUUUUUGGCUUAGUUUAAUUCUUCGUAGUUCUAUAGUCGAUCAAUAAUUCAUUAAUCGACUUGUGACAAUUUCCAGAAAUUGAAUAGUUUUUCCAACAUUCGCAUGUACGAUUACAAUUUGCAAAUAAUAUUAUUAUAUUAUUAAGUGUUAAAUUAAACUCAUCAUUCUGAGAAAUAUUUGAGAUCGCGAAGGGUUAACAUUAAUUUCUCUCAUAUACACCUCAUAUGUUAUCUUACCACAAUGCAUCUUAUCUUAUCCACUGGUCAUUAGUACAGAUAAGCUGGUACGACAAUCAUCGUUGUGUGAAAAUAUCAUUUUCGGGGCAAAACUUGAAAAGCAUAACGUGAGUCUAGAAUUAUUUUCCGUUUAUGCUUUAUAAUUAAACAAAGUUCAACGCGUAGAUAUAUAAGUUUUAGGAUAAUUAUUAAUUGAUUACAUGUCGACAUGAAAA